GUGCAGUUUAGGGAUAGCAUUCAGUAGCUCUCGAGUAGUCUGACAAAGAAGUACACGAUGAGAUUUCUGGUAGCUUUCGUCGCCCUUAUCGGCUAUGCCUCGGCUAGCGCCAUCGUCUCCCCUCUGCUCCUAGGAGCGAACGCGGGAGACGUGCAGGCCGCGGCCAUCGACGCGACGGUAGCCGCCCGGGACGCUGUGCGCGCCGUCGGCGAGAGCCAGGCCCGCGCCGCCGAGGCAGUGCUGCAGCACAACACCGAGGCAGUCCGCGCCGUCGCCGAGACCAACCGUGACAUCCACGAGAACGCCUACUGGAACGGAGUCGCCGCCUCCCAGAACCUCGUCGCCGCCGCCCAGUCCCAGGCCGCCGCCCUCGACGGAGUCGCCGCCAGCGUCCGCGCCGCCGCCAUCGCCAACCCCCUGGCCUACGCUGCUCCCCUCGGUUGGGCCGGCGCCGUCCCCGUCGCUCCCUACGGCCUCGGCGUCCACGGCCUCGGCGUCCACGGGCUCGGCCUCCGCGCCUGGUGAUUUAGCUCAAUCCGGUAGUCCAGUCCUCGUGUGAUGCCAGCGCUGGCAGUAGUCGUACCGCCAGGUCUGGCAUGACAACCAUCAGUUUGCUCAACGGUACCCAACACAGGUUUCAAGCGUAACUCUCUUGUACUUAGCGGAAUCAUGCCAUCACUGCCAAAGUGUAAAUAAAACCUACUAAACA